AUGCGCAGUAUUGCCGGCAAUGGUAGCAUUCGACUCGAUGGAAUGUACAGACCCCUCGCCCGAUACAUUCGCGGAGAUCCUGAAUAUAUUGAACAGGGCUCGGUGAAGUCUUCGCCGCGAAAGAAGGUGACUUUCAUGACAUUCGUCGAGCCUCUAAGGCUCUUGAUCCAAAAGGACAUUCUUAUCAACCUCGUUUUCGGCGGCAUCAUCUACGCCAUUUGGAGUAUGGUGACAUCCAGUACCACGGGUAUCUUCAAGGAAAGCUUUGGCCUGAACGAGCUCCAAAUCGGACUCUGCUACCUGCCCAAUGGCCUCGGAACUAUUGUUGGGUCAACAAUCGUUGGUAAACUGAUGAACAAGGACUUUGCUGCCGCCGAAGCGGCAUACAAGUCAGCUCGAAACGAGCCAUCCAAGAAGAAGCUAUCAUCGAAGGAUGUGCCGGCAGACUUUCCCAUUGAACGAGCACGGUUACGAAGACUUCCUUGGGCUGUGAUAAUCUUCGUUAUUACAACAGCUGGUUAUGGCUUCAGCAUGGCGUACCCCUCGAUCACGAGCCUCGCUGGUUGGAUUGCAGUUCCGCUAGUGUUGCAAUUUUUUAUUGCAGCUACCAGCAACGCUGUCUUCGCUCUGAACCAGACCCUGGUAUCAGACCUCUGCCCAGGCAAGGGCGCGAGUGCCACUGCUAUUAACAAUCUGGUUCGCUGUAGCUUGGGUGCCGUGGGCGUUGCCUUUGUUGAGCAAAUGAUCGCUCUUGCGGGAGUUGGACCGACGUUUCUAGGCUUAGCGCUGAUCACGGUAUCCGUGACGCCGUUAGCUGUGAUUCACUGGAACUGGGGCCAGCAGUGGAGAGCCGAGAGGAUGAUGGCUAAGGAGGUGGCAGUUGAGGAGAAUGCCAAAAGCAAGAACUGA